AGGUUUCUAAUACCAACUGUUUGGUAACAUUUCUUACAGCAUGGAGAGAAAAGAGCAAGUUGGGAGAACCAGGAAUGAAAACGUUUUGAACUGCUUAAUUCCAAGGCCUAAUGCAAUGUUUAAGCUGAUUUGCUUUCCCUGGGCAGGAAGCGGCUCCAGUUACCUGGCCAAGUGGGGUGAAAAGAUGUCUGAUCUGAUAGAAGUGCAUGCUGUAAGAUUUGCUGGAAGAGAGAGUCGAUUCCACGAGCAAUUUGCAAGUGACAUAUGCCAGCAAGCAGACGAAAUUAUUGAUGCUCUGCUGCCAAUCAUUCAUGAUCAACCAUUUGCAUUUUUUGGCCACAGCUUUGGAUCCUGCCUGGCUUUUGUGUGUGCACUGCACUUAAAGGAAAAAUACAAUGUGGAACCAGUACAUAUGUUCUUGUCAAGUGCAACUCCUUUCCAUUCAAACUACUGGCGGGCUCAAUUUUCCCAAAUAAACCAACUGUCAGAAGAACAAGUUAAACAUCACCUUCUGGAACUUGGAGGCACCCCCAAUCAUAUCAUUCAUAACAAAGACCUUUUGGACCAAUGGCUGCCCAUAAUACAGGCAGACAUAAGCAUCCUUCAAAAUAGCAACUUGGGGAUAACCUCUCUGAAGACCCACUCCUGUGAUUUUAUCUGCUUUGUUGGAGCCAAUGACAUAAUAAAGGAUAUGGAAGCCUGGAAAGAUGUCACCAGUGGGAACUUCGACCUUUAUGUGCUGCCUGGAGGUCAUUUCCAUCUCGUGGAUCCUGCCAAUGAAGACUUUAUCCACAAAUGUAUAAUCAAAUGUCUAGAACUAUCAUCCUUAGUCAACUCUUAGCUAGUUUUCCAUUUGGUAUUGUAACGGACAAAGUAAUCACACAUUGCUCUUCUUGGUUAUUCAGACUGUAGCUCAUUAGUUUUAUUCAGAGUUUGCAAAUUAGUGCGUUUUUACUAUCAGGGGAUUUGUUACACUCUGAUGUAUUUCUUUAUACGCGGGGCUGUGGGCAGACAAGCAGGUAACACAUACUUCUGGAAGGGUCUUUUAUUAGAGUCUUAUUUGCCGGGUCAGGAAUGUGGCCUGGCGGUAGAAUGCUUGCCUAGCCUGCAUGAGGCCCUGGGUUCCAUUCCUCAGCACCACAUACACAGAAAAGGCCAGAAGUGGAGCUGUGGUUCAAGUAGUAGAGUACUGGCCUUGAGCAAA